AUAAUAACAUUUAAAACUUAGAUUGAAGUUGUCGUUGUGCCGGCUGAGAAAUAAAUAAAUAAAUAAUUGCUGCUUCGGAACCUUUUCCCGGACGGACACAGACCGGAAGUCUUUCGUUGAAACCAAGUCGGAAACGCUAGCUUCACCAAACAAUCUUAAAGAUGACGGACCGCUACAACAUCCACAGCCAGCUGGAGCACCUCCAGUCCAAGUACAUCGGCACCGGCCACGCCGAUACCAGCAAGUGGGAAUGGCUGGUGAACCAGCACCGAGACUCGCACUGCUCGUACAUGGGCCACUUCGACCUGCUCAACUACUUCUCCGUGGCCGAGAACGAGAGCAAAGCCCGGGUCCGCUUUAACCUGAUGGAGAAGAUGCUCCAGCCGUGUGGACCCCCCGCAGACAAGCCGGACGAAUCCUAGAUUUGGACCUGCGACACCAUUUUGUGGACACCUAAUUUCUUCCUUUUUUGUUUUACAUAUACAGAAGACACUUGGACUUUUUUGGGGGGGGGGAGUUGAUACUUUAGUAUCAUUAGUUGAAGUUACAGAGGACGUUUGUUGGUGUUCUUAAAGCUUUCUUUCUCUCCACUGUUGUCUUUUAUGGAAUCAUUUAAUAUGCAUGAAAAGUAGCUUGGCUUCAUGAUACACACCAUCUAGUGCACAGGUGCCAAACUGGUGGCCCAGGGACCAACCACAUCGUUUUGUGUGGCCCGUGACAGCAAAUCAUGUGCAUCAACUUAAUGUUUCUUGCUAAAAUACUAAAAUUGCAAAUUGUCUUUUUAAAAAAUGUUGAUAUUGCAAGCAUUUUUUGUUACCAAGCCCCCAUUUAAGAUAAAUGUAAUAAUACUGUAGUUGAACAAACAGUUAUUACUGGCUUCUGAUUACAAAACUAUCCAUUCAUUUGUGUAUAUGUAAUGAGGCGAUCAUACUCACAUGGGUUCACAGCUAUAACGGCCCUCUGAGUGAAACAAUAACUACCAUGUGGCUUGUGACAAAAAUGAGUUUAACAUUCCUGCUCUCGUACAAGAGCUGCAAAGGGACUUUUUUUUAAGAGACAUCUCAGUGUGAUGCAUGAUUUUAUUUAUCCUCACAUAUACUAUAUGUAUCUACACAGUCUCCAUUUGGCCAAAGCGGCAUGGUGAAUUUAUUAAAGUUGGGUUUGAUAUUUCUUCAUAAA